AUGUCGGUAGCGUCGCGCUUAGCAGAGCUCAGGAAAAAGAAACUCCAGAGUAAAGAGGACAACAGAAAGGAUCUAGCUAAAGAUUUCCAAAAUCAAAGGCGGAAGUCAUUGAAAUUAAAGGAAUUAGAGAAAACAGCGGAGAAGGAUGAAGGGUACGAUGAAGAUACAGAAAAAAAGAAAGAUCCUAGAUUAAACAACUUAUCGUAUACUCUAGAAGAAUGCGAAGAGUGGGACGAAAAGAAAAACCUACGCGAACAAGCAAAGAAGAGAUCAUCAGGGAAUGAUUAUUCCGUACUAGCUGAGCAGGUGUACAACAAAGAAGUACUGAGAAUUGAAGUAGAUAGAGAAGAUUAUGCGAAGCAAAAAGCACAUGGUGCGGCCAAAAAGGGCACUUAUAGGAGCGACAACUAUUUAGUUCAGAAGCCAAGUACUGCGAAAGUGAAUGCAUUGGCAAGCGGGAUAAUAGAGACAAGCAAGAAACGAGCUGAUGCCCUCAGAAAGAAGCAAGAGGCUGCAACCAAAAAUGACGAUAGCAGCUUCAUCAAUGAAAAGAACAAGCAGUUUAAUAUGAAGAUAAACAGGGAAUAUAAAUGA